AUGAAAUACAAAGAGGUUUUUAAGGCCUUUAUUUUGGCCCUGACAUGGACCAAUGCCGUAGCUAAAACCUAUGAGAAUCAGGAAGUUGUUCUGGAUAGCACCUCUUCUGGCUCUCCUACUUUUGAGGAUGAUGAACUCAUGGUGUUAAAUAACGCUAAAGUUACUCUAAAAAACUACUCCUCAAUUAAAUUACCUGCUGGUAUAUCGUUGACUGGUGGCUCUACACUAACAAUAAUAACACCUGGUGGCCAAAGUGUCAGGAAUGAGCUGUUGAUUAAUGGUAAGGUCAAAAUUGAUAGUGGGUCGAGUUUUGUUUAUGAUGGUAGCAAAUUAACUUAUGCUAGUGGACCAGAUGCCGUAACCAAUUAUAACUUUGACAUUAAUACCGGGGCUGAUGGUGUUUAUGUUUCUUCAGAUAGCAGCAUGAUAAUAACAUUGCCGGCAUUAUUGAAAGGUGUUGCAACUACUAAUACUGCCCGUAUUCACAUUGGUGGUACGUAUCAAGCACCAAACAAUUCUCCUAUUCAAAUAUUAGGAAAAUUACAAGUACUAUCUACAGGAGCGAAAUCAUCAACCUACUUCACUGAUCGUCUGUGGUAUCUGGAUCUAGGCCCAGACAAAAUUGAUAAUACUGGUACGUUUUCUAUGCCCAAUAAUAUGUCUGGUGAUAUAGACUGUGAGUGUUUAAUUGCUGUCUACGGUGAUAUAUUCAAGGGUACUAAUAAUGCUGUUUUACAUACUUUAGGAUACACCGGAUUUGUUGUGGUUACACCGAUAACCAUUGACCUAAGUAAGGGGCCUUAUAAAGGUACUUCUGAUUUUAUUUAUAACUUGGUUCUUCCUAGUGGUCAGGAUGGUUUUAAAAUUGAUGGUUAUCUAUAUCAUUACGACCCCAACGCUCCUGCAGCUCGUACAAUUGGGUUGCUAUAUCUUUAUGAUGCUGGAGAUAAUGUAGCGUUAACUUCAGGUAUUAAUGGUAUCCAAAUUAGACAUACGAAUCCAGUUAAAACAAUAACAAUGAAAGUUGACCCAAGCUUAAACGCUGGUUAUUUUAAGGGCAAAAGAAUUGAUGAAAUUCCCUACAGAUAUCCAGUACAUAAUUACGCCAAUGUUCUAGAAAUGAUUUUAUUUGAACCAAUCACUUAUACUACUAUAACAACUACCAAUAUCAAUGAAUAUACCACCGAAAUAAUUGAGCUGAUAGCAACUGCAAAGCCUCGUGGCUUUCCUUUUAAUGAGAAUACUCAAACAACCAUAACAACUACAAUUUAUAAUCAACUUCGAGAAGAGACAAAAAUUAUUGACCUGGGGAAUGGUGUGACUGAAUAUCAAGUAUUGGAUUAUUAUCUUUCUUCACUAAAUGACAUAAAUCAUCCAUUUGGAACAAGUACUAAAAUCGUCACUUACAGCCCACCUCCCCCAUCAGUAACUGCAACUACAACAGAUUAUUACAUAGAAUCCUACUGGAUAUCCUUCUUUAUCACUACCGAUGAUCAGCAUAGGAUAAUAACCAGUAGUCAAACAGUUUCAACAUUAAGGUUAGAGAAUGAUUACACCACCACCGUAGAUUUAGGAAAUGGUGUAUUCGAAACUGAUCUGAUAUCUCAUAUAACUGAAAGAGACGAAAAUGGCGAGCCUACAAACACUGUUAGAACCACUAUCAAGUUGACUUUUGGUCCGGCACCUCCUGCAAUUACAAAAACUGUGGAUUUAGGCAACGAAGUGACUGAGUAUUUGGUUAUCAGCUACUGGACGACCACCAAUGAAUUUGGGGGUCUGAUCACGACAAACUCGACGGCCACCUACAGUCCUCCACCGGUGACUGUGACAGCCACCACUGCGUCGGACUACAUUGAGUCGGACUGGAUCUCGUUCUUCAUCACUGUUGAUGAGAAGGGCGAUAUUGUUACGAGCAGCACUCUGUUCAAUGCGACUCGUGACUACAACUUGCCUGAGGCCCCACACACUUCGUUUGGCCCUGCGCCCCCAGUGGAGACGCACACUGUUGUUCUUGAGAACAACAUGACGAACUACGAGGUUGUAUCUUACUGGACCACCACCAACGAGUUUGGAGGGUUGAUCACGACGAGCAGCACCAGCACGUACAGCGCUCCACCUUUGACAGUGACGGCCACUACUGCGUCUGACUACAUCGAGUCGGACUGGAUCUCGUUCUUCAUCACUGUUGAUGAGAAGGGCGAUAUUGUUACGAGCAGCACUCUGUUCAAUGCGACUCGUGACUACAACUUGCCUGAGGCCCCACACACUUCGUUUGGCCCUGCGCCCCCAGUGGAGACGCACACUGUUGUUCUUGAGAACAACAUGACGAACUACGAGGUUGUAUCUUACUGGACCACCACCAACGAGUUUGGAGGGUUGAUCACGACGAGCAGCACCAGCACGUACAGCGCUCCACCUUUGACAGUGACGGCCACUACUGCGUCUGACUACAUCGAGUCGGACUGGAUCUCGUUCUUCAUCACUGUUGAUGAGAAGGGCGAUAUUGUUACGAGCAGCACUCUGUUCAAUGCGACUCGUGACUACAACUUGCCUGAGGCCCCACACACUUCGUUUGGCCCUGCGCCCCCAGUGGAGACGCACACUGUUGUUCUUGAGAACAACAUGACGAACUACGAGGUUGUAUCUUACUGGACCACCACCAACGAGUUUGGAGGGUUGAUCACGACGAGCAGCACCAGCACGUACAGCGCUCCACCUUUGACAGUGACGGCCACUACUGCGUCUGACUACAUCGAGUCGGACUGGAUCUCGUUCUUCAUCACUGUUGAUGAGAAGGGAGACAUUGUUACCAGCAGUACUCUAUUUAAUGCUACACGGGAAUAUGUCGAUGCUGAAGCACUGUUCAUGUUAUCCGACGAUUCUUCACAAGCUUCAAAUAAUGAAGCUGACUACACCACGACGAUCGACAAGGGCAACGGCGAGUUCGAGACCGAUGUUGUUUCGCACAUCACCACCAAGGACUCCGACGGCAAGCCUACCACGAUUGUGACCACGAUUCCAUGGAAGCCAAGCGAAGAAGCUGACUACACCACGACGAUCGACAAGGGCAACGGCGAGUUCGAGACCGAUGUUGUUUCGCACAUCACCACCAAGGACUCCGACGGCAAGCCUACCACGAUUGUGACCACGAUUCCAUGGAAGCCAAGCGAAGAAGCUGACUACACCACGACGAUCGACAAGGGCAACGGCGAGUUCGAGACCGAUGUUGUUUCGCACAUCACCACCAAGGACUCCGACGGCAAGCCUACCACGAUUGUGACCACGAUUCCAUGGAAGCCAAGCGAAGAAGCUGACUACACCACGACGAUCGACAAGGGCAACGGCGAGUUCGAGACCGAUGUUGUUUCGCACAUCACCACCAAGGACUCCGACGGCAAGCCUACCACGAUUGUGACCACGAUUCCAUGGAAGCCAAGCGAAGAAGCUGACUACACCACGACGAUCGACAAGGGCAACGGCGAGUUCGAGACCGAUGUUGUUUCGCACAUCACCACCAAGGACUCCGACGGCAAGCCUACCACGAUUGUGACCACGAUUCCAUGGAAGCCAAGCGAAGAAGCUGACUACACCACGACGAUCGACAAGGGCAACGGCGAGUUCGAGACCGAUGUUGUUUCGCACAUCACCACCAAGGACUCUGACGGCAAGCCUACCACGAUCACCACCACCAUCCCAUUGAAGCCAAGUGAUGCCGGCGAGGCCGACUACACCACGACGAUCGACAAGGGCAACGGUGACUUCGAGACAGACCUUGUUUCGCACAUCACGACCAAGGACUCUGACGGCAAGCCUACCACGAUCACCACCACCAUCCCAUUGAAGCCAAGUGAUGCCGGCGAGGCCGACUACACCACCACCAUUACUUCCGACGGUCACACCAUCACAGAAGUAGUCUCCCACAUCACCACCACUGAUUCAGACGGUAACACUGUUACAUACACCACCACGAUGGCCUCCUUCGAUCAGGUAGACGACGGCGUGUACACGUCAGCUCCACCUUACUCACAGCCACCAGUUGUGACGACGACUGUGACGGAGGACGACGGUAGUAGCAAGACAGUUGUGAUCUCUUACUCGCCAUCUGAGGGCGAGGAUGGGGUUACCCGUACAGGUACGACCACUAUCUCCACCAUCACUGCUAGCGGCGAGGCCGACUACACGACGACGAUCGACAAGGGCAACGGUGACUUCGAGACAGACCUUGUUUCGCACAUCACGACCAAGGACUCUGACGGCAAGCCUACCACGAUCACCACCACCAUCCCAUUGAAGCCAAGUGAUGCCGGCGAGGCCGACUACACGACGACGAUCGACAAGGGCAACGGUGACUUCGAGACAGACCUUGUUUCGCACAUCACGACCAAGGACUCUGACGGCAAGCCUACCACGAUCAUAAGAACUGUGACUCUAACAGAAGAACCAGAUUACACAUCUGUGUUUGUUUCUGAUGGUCAUACGAUUACAGCUGUUGUUUCUCAUGUUACAACGACCAAUGAUAUCGGUCAGACGGUCACCACUACUGUGACCGUUAUGUCAUAUGAUCAAGUAGGUGAGGGUGUAUACACUUCUGCUCUUGCUUACUCUGAGCCCCCAGUAACUACGACAACUGUGAGUGCAGACACUGCUACUGCCACUGUUGUAAUGUCGUACUUCCCAUCUAUUGGCGACGAUGGAGUCACCAGGACAGGAACAACUACCAUUUCCACUGUCUCUGUCGGAGGUGAAGCCGACUACACUACAACAGUCGACAGGGGCAAUGGCAGUAUCGAAACUGAUGUCAUUUCGCAUAUCACCACUACCGACUCCAAUGGUAAUCCUACAACAAUAACCACCACGAUCACCAAUGCACCUGCACCUUCGAUUUCUAAAGCAAAUGUGGGGUCUGAUUACACCACCACUGUGGUUUCGGACGGUCACACGUUCACCGAGGUUGUAUCCCAUAGCACAGGUACUGAUGAGCACGGUCACACAAUAGUUUCCACAGUAACGCAAACCGUGGGUGUCCAGAGUCAUGGAAGCACUGUCUCAAGUGCAGCACCAGUCUCAACAGUAUCCGGUGCAGGAUCUAAUGCUCCUGGAACAGCAGGUGUAGGUGGUAUUGUUAACUCUCAGAAACCUCAGUCAGGAAAUGUGGCUGGCCAAGGGUCGGGCAACGAAAAGCCAACACAAGCUGCUGGCACAGCCGGUGGUAGUGGCUCUGGCUCUGGCUCUGGCUCUGGCUCUGGGCCAGUUCACCAAUCGGUAGGCAAUAUUGUACCAUCUGGAUCUCCAUCUGUUCAGAGUCCAAUGGACACUGCAUCUCCAGUCAGUGGUAUUCAUAGUAGCCAAACUCCUCACUCUGUACCUUCACAAGCUCAACAACAAGGACAAGGACAAGGACAAGCACCAUCAUCACGUCAACAGGCAGCCACGACUGUUCUAUCACCUUCUGGUUCCUCUGGUAACAACAACGGCAGUAGAUUCAGUAGCACACAAACAGCUUCUGCUUUACCAGGUUCCGCUGCGACAAUAAAGGCUACCUCUAACACUGCAAUACUCGUGCUGAUCAUUCUAUUUUUCUUAGGAUUGACCUAG